AUGUCGUACAAGCGCUCUCGGUCAACGUUUGAGGCGGACCUGCAUGCCCCGUAUGCCCUCUUCGGCACACCUCUCCCCGACGAGAACGACGCGCGCGACGAUGGCUCAUACCUUCCGUUGUGGAAGCAGGAUGUGAGGGAUGAAAAGGGUAGAAGGCGACUUCACGGCGCCUUCACGGGUGGUUGGAGUGCAGGUUAUUUCAACACCGUCGGCUCCAAGGAAGGAUGGACGCCGUCUACUUUUGUUUCCAGCCUCUCGAAUCGCCGAAAAGACGAUGCAGCGUCAGCUUCGAUACAGCAGCGAGCCGAGGAAUACAUGGAUGAGGAGGACUUGGCGGAUGCUGUUGAAGCGCAACAGCUGCAAACUUCGCAAGCUUUCGCGGGACUGGGAUCUUCUACCCAAGAUGAGAUGCGAACGGGUGGGCUCAUGGGACUAUUCAAAUCGUCUGGAGAUACCAGAGGACUACAGCUGCUGCGUAGAAUGGGCUGGAAAGAUGGCCAGGGAAUCGGACCAAAGAUUCGAAGGGGUGCAAGACUCGACGUGAAGAAUAACGCCGAAUCGAAUGACAAAAUGUAUCUGUUUGCUCCGGAUGAUGCUGAAAUGAUACAUUUUGUUCGUAAAACAGACCGAAUGGGACUGGGACAUCGGGGCGGUACGAAAUUGCAGAGUCUGGGAAAAGCAGCUGAUUCGGAUCACGAUGAUGACGAUGACGAUGACAUGCAAGGAAAGACUGGCAGAUUGUCCUUGUUUAGUGCAGCCAAGAAGAAAGAGAAAGGAGGUCGAGGUGCUUUCGGAGUCGGCGUGCUCAACGACACAGGAUCGGAUGAAGAAGACCCGUACGACAUGGGCCCGAAAAUUAGGUAUAAUCGCACCAUGGGCGGGGACAAGAAAAAGAAGAAGAAAGCCACGGCUGCGGUGAAUCCUUCUCUUAAGAAAGCACCUGUCUUUUUACCCAAGACAGCCAGGGCUGGCAUCAGCCUUCGCCGGUGUCACGAUGGACGUCUCCCCUUGGAUGGAUUCGUCUUGGCCAAAGUUGUUGAAGACCUGGCUGCACUGUCGCAAUACGCUCCGCCCCCGAUACCAGAAGGCUGGAAAUCGUCCAAAGAUCCAUUUGCUACUGCCGACUCUUCAAAUUAUACAUCAACUGCGGAUGCUGCAAAGGCGUCCACUCUUGACCCGAGAUCUCGAGCGGCUCUUCUGGGAGAGACAGCCCUUCCCGGCAAAUCGAUCUUCGACUUCAUAUCGUCCUCUGCGCGAGACAAAUUAGCCGCUGCGUCUGGGAAUAAAAGUCUCCCUCCUGGUCUUGGCGAACUUCCCGAAGGACAUUCUCCGUUGUCAGAAGAUGAAAAGCGACAGGCAUUAUGGGACCGAGUUCCCAAAUUGGACCAAUCUACUGCGGCAGCUGCUUUGAGCCGUAGCUCAGGUGGUCCGUAUGCAGACGACGAGGCCAAGCGAGGCCGCUACAGAAAGUAUUUGAUGUCCCAGGCGAAUCCUGGGCAAGAUCUCCCGGAUAAAACACCGAGAACAUUUGAUGACGACUAUAUACGAGAAAUGAAUGAAUUCUAUAACUGCGCAAGGAUAUUCAAGCCCAUGACUGGCUUCAUGGCAUCAAGGUUCACUACGUCCAAGACGGUUCUGAGCCCGUCGCAAAAUAGCGGUAAUGGAAGCGAGGAAAAAUCCAACACGGAUUUGUUAUCAAAACCGGAACCAAAAAGCGCAAACCCUGCUGAGGAAGCGGCCAAGAUGGGCAUGUUCGGGCAUAUGACGCGCUCCGUGGAAGAUUUCUAUCCUACGCGUCUCCUAUGUAAGAGGUUUAAUGUUCGUGCGCCGGCACACGUUCGACCAGAUUACGAGGUAGAGAAAAAUGCAUCGGCAUCUAAUACUGCCGACACUUGGAAAAUGCCAGCACAAUGGCCCAUGCCUGAUCCCCAUACCCCUGCUUCAGCAAGUCUGGCGCUGGAGGCAUCUAUCAAGGCCCCUGAAUCUCACGAGACGGCUACGCCUGUACAGCAACCAGUGGAGGUGAAUCCGGAGAAGAAUGACGCUGUGGAGGGAAAAGUGGCUAAUGCAGAUGUGUUAAAGGCAAUUUUUGGAGAUAGUGAUAGCGAGUAG